CUCUCUAAAACCCUAAGCAAGCCGCCCGCCACUCUCCCAUCCGCUCUUCCACGUUUUUAUUCUUCUGUCCCGCGAUUGUGCUAACCGCCUCUCUGUGAUCGAGCUUUUCGAUAUUCAGUUUCGUAUUCGAGACAUUCCGCAAUCCUAUUUUGCUGACAAAAUCACAUCCCGAUCAUCAUCGUCGUCGCCAAGCGGAUUACUUUGCUGUCCCCUGCAUCUGAUCACAAUUUGAUCGUCCGCUCUCUCAUUAUUAACAGGAACUUAUUGCUGAAGGUGCAUGAUUACUUUGCUGCUAGUGAUAAAAGCCGGCCGAUUGAAUAUCUUCUAUACUAGCGGAUAGGUUCAUUGGUAGUGAGCGAAUCGAAUACCAUCCGGAAUAGUACAUCAUUGUAUGUGACUGGGAUGGAUCCAAAUUUGUUUCCCAAAACUGAGCCCAAUGCACCCAGGAAGGUUAGAUUUGCACCCAAAGCUCCUCCAAAGGGACAAGCGAAGCUGGUCCUGCCUAAACCUGAGAAACUUGAGGAGGAUUUAGAUGACGCAAAGACAGACCAUCUUCUGCGCCGGCUUCAAGAAACAUCUGUCGCAGGCAAGGUCAAACCUGAAGUAAAAGCUGGCCAGCGUCAAGUUACGUCCGGUGUUGGAGGAUCAUCUUUCACCAAGUCAUUUACCUUUUCAACUUAUAAGAAGAAUCAGGGCUCAUCUUCAACUGGUGAUGCUGCUGUGAAAGAAUACAAGGAACCAUGGGAUUAUUACAGUAAUUAUCCUGUAAUACUUCCCUGGAGAAGACCAUACUCUGGAAAUCCAGAACUGCUUGAUGAAGAAGAAUUCGAUGAAGAUCCACAGGCAUCAACUUAUGAUGAAAAUGAUGUGAAUCCCGCAGGGGAGCUUGGCCUAUUUGAUGUUAGUGCUGAGAGCACUAAGCUCUUUCUCCAACUGCCGGAAACUCUGCCUACAGUUAAGCAGUCAACUGGUGCAAGGCCUCAAAUGUCUGGAAACAAUCCAACUCCCACAAGCGAACCGGGGGAAUCCUCUAGUAUCAUUGAAGAAAUUCCUGAAGGCUUGAUGGGGAAAAUGCUAGUGUACAAAAGUGGUGCUGUGAAAUUGAAGCUUGGCAAUACGCUAUUCAAUGUAUCUCCAGGCUUGAGCUGCACAUUUGCUCAAGAUGUUACUGCCGUCAAUGUAGAAGAGAAAAUUUGUUGCAAUUUGGGGGAAGUCCAAAAUCGCGUCGUCAUAACACCUGACAUGGAUAGCUUAAUUGAUGCUGAAUCUGAUUUUUUGUGAUGUGGCCAUUCUUUUGUGUUCAUAUUCAGAGUUAACAGAUAUGAUGGCUAUUCUUUUGUUCUUUUUUGCUCUGGAAUUUUGCAUACAUUGUUAUUAUUACGUUGACUCUCAGAUAUGGCUAAACUGUUUAUUCA